GAGCUUUCAUUUACGGAGACCUAAGCUCCUCACUCGCCAAACACCAGCCGCACCCUACACCACUCUUCUCCGACCGUCGGCGCCACCGCCUCUGGCAACACCGCCACCACCCCGGCGGAUCCCCCGGCACGACCAUCGGCUUGGACAUUCUUGUCGUCCACCUCCUCUCUGGCAAGCUGCUGCUUCUUAUACAAGUAUGGGAUUUCCAGAUGCUUCCAAGGAUCUUUCAUCAGAAAUGGAGGUUGAUGCCUUUAGGCGCCUUUUCCCACUUAAAUAUUUUGAGCGUCAUCUUGCCGAAGCUAUACGUCCUGAUGGUAGACCACUUGGGAAAGCUAGAGAUACAACUGUAGUUCUUGGUUAGUUGCCAUUUUACUUACAAUUUACCAAAUCUUUGUCUUCUAUGUGGCUUGUUAGUCAUAAGAGGAUUGGAUCAACUACUAUGCUGACCGCUAUUAAGAUGGAAGUUAUGACUCCAUCCUUGGAAUCACCAGAUGAGGGAUGUAUAGCUAUUGAUUUCCACAUGCCUCCAAUUUGUUCUCCAAUUGUUAGACCUGGAAGGCCUGCUGAAGCAGCACCAGUUAUUUCAAAGCAAUUGUCUGACACUAUUUCCAGUUCUGGAAGUAUUGAUUUAAAAGAGUUGUCUUUGGUUACUGGAAAAGCUGCAUGGAUGGCUUACUUGGAUGUCUAUUGUUUGGAUGCUGAUGGUGCUCUUUUUGAUGCAGCUUUACUUUCGGCAGUAGCUGCCUUAUCGCAUUUGCAAAUACCUGCCGUUGCAAUGAAUGAUGAUGGCAAAAUAGUGCUCUUGUCCGAGGAUGAUGGACAAAAGAAGGCACAAGAGCCAGUUAAUAAAGAGAAAAGGAAUCUUACACUAAGAAGCAUUCCAUUCUCGUUGACGUGCAUACUCCACAAGAACUACAUCUUGGUAGAUCCCACUGCUGAAGAAGAAUCCAUUAUGGAAACCGUGGUUACGAUAGCUUUAGAUACAUCUGGCCAACUUGUAUCCCUUUACAAGCCUGGUGGCCCAGUUCUUGCCUUCACAUCUGCUAUCCAGGACUGUGUUGCAUUGACUAGGCAAAGAGUAAAGGAACUAAAGGGAAUCUUAGAGGAAGCAAAUUCUACUAUGCAAGUUGAGUAGAAUUAGGAGUCAAUUUUCAGGGCUUUGAAUGGUUUGUAUAUUCUGAAUCACAGUUACUAAGACUUUAUUUAAAAUUUUUCCUUUUCAACCAUUUCAAUCUAUGACACGUUUCAAUACUAUUCUAAAUGAGUUACUUGGUUGAUAUUUUUA